AUGUCGUGGAGAGCUUCAGAGCGUCUGAUGGACACGAUCCGUCAUUAUGCUCGGUUUCCCGCCACUGGCGUCAGCUUGCGCCAAAUGGUGCAGUUCGGCGAGAAGCCCUCGGUUGGCACUCUAUUCCGAGCUUCUCAGUUCUUAGCCGAGGAGCUUCCCAUCCGUCUAGCUCAUCGCGUGCAAGAGCUAGACGAGCUUCCAGAUGGCCUCAAUGAAAUGCCAUCCGUCAUUAAGGUCAAAGAUUGGUACGCCCAAUCGUUCGAGGAAAUCACACAGCUACCUCGGCCAGAAUUACCCUCGGAUAUAAAGUCCCGUCUUAUGAAACCCAGCAAAGCUAUCGGUCGCAACGCUUUCCGUCUUCCUGCCGCAACCCCCAAUCCCUCAAUUGAUGAGGGCGAGUCCGACGGCUGGGGUGGUCUCCAGAACGGCAAUGGCAAGAACAAAGGCCUCACGCGCCGAUACUUUGCUGUUGUCGAUGACUCAAGCGACUGGCCCGCCGAUCUUCACCUUUACAACCAACGCUUUGCCCAGACUCUGCACCACAUCAAGCGCCGUCACGAUGGCGUCGUUACGACCAUGGCUCAAGGUAUCCUCGAAUACAAGCGCCGCCGCCAGCGCAUGCAGAUUGACAGCACCAUCCAAUCGUUCCUCGACCGCUUCUAUAUGUCUCGUAUCGGAAUCCGUAUGCUUAUUGGGCAACACAUUGCGUUAACGGACCAGAGCCACCAUCGCGACCCCAACUAUGUCGGUAUCAUCUGCACAAAGACCAACGUCCAGGAUCUCGCCCAAGAAGCCAUUGAGAACGCCCGUUUCGUCUGCGAGGAUCACUACGGUCUCUUCGAAGCUCCCAAGGUUCAACUCGUCUGCAACCCCAACCUCGACUUUAUGUACGUUCCCGGUCAUCUGUCACACAUGCUCUUCGAGACUCUCAAGAACUCGCUGCGCGCCGUCGUCGAGACACACGGUGAGGAGAAACAGGCUUUCCCUGUCACAAAGGUCAUUGUCGCCGAGGGUAAAGAGGACAUCACCAUCAAGAUUUCUGACGAGGGUGGCGGUAUUCCUCGAAGCGCCAUUCCUCUCGUUUGGACUUAUAUGUACACCACUGUCGAUCGCACACCAAGCCUGGAUCCUGAUUUCGAUAAGAGCGACUUCAAGGCCCCAAUGGCCGGUUUUGGUUACGGAUUGCCCAUCUCACGCUUAUACGCCCGCUACUUUGGCGGUGACUUGAAACUCAUCAGUAUGGAAGGAUACGGUACCGAUGUCUACCUCCACCUUAACCGUCUAUCCUCGUCCUCCGAACCUCUCCAAUAG